GGCAGGCCACUGGGGAGUAUAUAAACCUCCCCCCUGCUACGGGGGACCACUGAGAACACACAGUGGAAACAUCUCUGCCCGACACUCCAGCAAACAUCCAGCAGGCAUUUUAAAUCCUCUCAGGGACGCCAUGCUUCCGGCAUAAUGUCAGCUAAGGUUGCAAUUCAGAAGUUCUCCUUCCCCUUCUCCUGUGCUGCACACCUUUCUCAGCAAGAUGAGGUGACCCAGAAGGGAUGCGUACAGGUGAGGGCCCUGGAGCUUCAUGACCUCCAGGAGCACCGAAUCUUAAGCGAAGCGAGCCCCGUUGCUGUCAUAGGAGCUCUGGUACGCAAUGAGAACCAGGCCCAGGGGAGUCCAAAGCCUCCUCCCGCUAGGGGAGACACGGCAGCUGCUGAAGCUUCCCAGAAUGCUGUGAUGAGCUCAAGGAAGAGCGUGUUUGAGAAGCUGACGGCUGAAAGUGAAGAUCAGCGUCCCGUGGCAAAAAGGCAGCUGUCGUCCGAGAGCGCAGCCAGGACCAUCACCGUGGUGAAGAAGAGCGCGGUGAGGAAGGAAAUGGAGGAACACAGGCACCUGAAGCCAAAAGCACACCUGGGACAGAGGGUGUCAGCGUGCCCCGUGGCGGGAGGGAAGAGGAGGCGUCGAAAGGACCUCUUCACCAACUCUGAGACCUUCCACAGGGUUGACUCACAUGUCAUCAGGGCGGGAGCAGAGCUGAAGGAAAAGUGUGUGUAUGAUGUGAAGACGAUAGCACAGGGCAUCACACAAGGAGCCAGAAAUGAGCUGGAGAGGCUUCGUGCCAUCUGGAUCUGGUUGUGCCACAACAUCGAGUAUGAUGUGAGCGGGUACCUCGGCCGCUCACAGAAGCUGAGCUCCCCGGAGGAGGUGAUAGCGGCCGGUCGCGGUGUGUGCUGCGGCUACGCCUGCCUCUGUACAGAGAUGUGCAGAGAGGUUGGCAUCGAGUGCCAAGAAGUGCCGGGCCACAGUAAGGGCAUCGGGUACCUCCAGGGCCAGAGCCUCCAGAAUGUGAAAUCUGAUCACCUGUGGAACUCUGUGCUUCUGGGGGGACAGUGGUUCCUAUUGGACGCCUGUUGGGGAGCAGGACGGGUGGAUAUGGAACAUGAAAGCUUCGUCAAAAGGUUCGAUGAUUUCUAUUUCCUCACGGACCCAGAGGAGUUCAUAGAUUCGCACUUCCCCGACGAGGAGAAAUGGCAGCUCCUGGACACGCCCAUCCCCCUGGAGGAGUUUGAGAGGAGGGUCUUCAAGACAUCAGCCUUCUUCACCAUGGGGCUCCGGCUGAUUCAGCCUCACCUGUGUCGCAUCGUCACAGUUGACGGCGAGGCCAACGUGUCCCUCAGCUUCUCCAGGCCAGCAACUUUCACCUAUGAGAUCACACAGCACCAGGACCUUCUCUAUUGUGGAGCUCCGGAGCAGAAAGAGUCCAACAACUCCUCCUUUGGCCUCCUGACGGUUUCCCAUCGGAGCAUGAAGCUGCAGCUCCUGCCGCCUGCGAGUGGCGUGUAUGACGUGAAGGUGUUCGCCAGGCCUGAAACCGCCACCACGCCUCUGAUUUGGGUCUGCUCCUUCACGGUCGAGUGUCCGAUCCCCAGGGCCAUGGAGGAGAUCCCAGAGAACCCCUUCUUGUCUUGGGGCCUGCAGCCUGCUGCAGCGUCUCUGGGCAUCACAGGCAGCAGCCAGGGCAGCAGUCAGGGCAGCAAGGCUGCCGAGGUGGAAGAAGGUGUGUUUGAGUUGGCGUUGAAGACGUCCCGGCCUCUGAUGGUGCUGUGUGAACUGGUCCACCCCGGGCUGGAAGCUGCUGUAGCCAAACGCUGCCUGGCUACUCAGAUCCAACCGGAUGUCCUGACCUGCCACGUCCUGUGCCCUUUGCGUGGCUUCUACCGGCUGUCGGUGUUUGUGCGAGACUACGAGAAAACAGACGUCAAGUUCCAGAACGCUGCUAACUUCCUGUUGCACUGCAAAGGGAAGGUGAUCGGUCCGGAUCAGCUUUACCCUCCUAACCUGGGCUCGGUGUGCGGGCCGGGCACCCGCACAUCGGAGGCGGGGCUGUCCAAAUUCAGCCACAUGACGGCGCUAGUGAGCACCCAGCAGGGCAAGUGUAACAUCACCUUCCACAACCAGCGGGACCUUGAGCUCCACACUGUGCUCAGCAGAGAAGAGAACAAACCGGCAGCCAUCCCGCUGUCACGCCAGCUCUUCUGCACGUACACAGACAGCAAGGUGACGGUGAGCGUCAGCCUGCCUGAUGCUGGGGUGUAUCGGCUGGGCCUGUACGCUAAGAUCACCCCCGGUGGAGACUUCAACCCCAUGUGUGACUUUGUUCUGAGGAACAGCUGCGAUCAGCCGGGGCCUCCGUUCCCCAGCGUCUACUCCGCCUGGAGGAAAGGCUGCGUGCUCUUUGAGCCCCGUGUGGGCCUGCUGGAGCCCCUCUCGUGGGUCCGCUUCAGGGUGAGGGUCCCCGGGGCCCAGAGGGUGAGCAUGAUGGGAGAGACGCGGACUGAUCUGAAACUGAACAAGAGCAGAGUCUGGGAGGGGGAGGUUUUCAGUGGAAACGGUCUCCAGCAACUGAAACUGGCCGCCGCCACCUCGGGAGAGUCCAGCGACAUGGCUGUUCUGAUGACCUUUGACAUCAAGCAGUCGGAGGGAGUGUGAAAAAGGCUGGUGGAGACCAGAUGGAUCUGAACAUAGCUGAUAACUGCCUAAUGAAGCUAUUGAAACGGACUAAUGCAAAUCACACUGGGGUAGAAAAUAUCAAUACUCAAAAUGUGAGCAAUAAUCUUUCAGGUUUAACUGCAUCAACAGAACACACACAGAGUCAUAACAAGGUGUAUGAAAUUUGAAAUAUGGUUCUGUGAAUGUGCAAACUUUGUAGCAAUGAAGUGAAUGCAAUACCAAACUUACCUGUUUGCAAUUGUUUGGGAUUUGUUUUGAUAGCUAUUAUUUGAUCCAGGUAGUAUUCAGUGCAGAAUUUAAAAAAUGGUGCUCAGCUGUGGUGCUCAGCCGUGAUGUCAUACUCAUCAAGAGUGCAUUCUUAUUAUUAUGUUUUAAGAAGUAAACCUGCAUUAUGAAAUGAUGGUUGUCAAAAAGCGUGCAAUAAAAAUAUACUGUGAAAACAACAU